GUAUUCGAAAUUUCUGCCAUAGUAUGAAGAGACAUCAUAGAGAGGACUCGGCUUCUCGCAGCAAAAAGGCCCGUGCCCCUAGUAUAUCGGACGAGGAAGGUACUAACGGGUGCAUCAACUCUCCGAAGAAGUACAAAAGUCCCCCACGAAAGGCUCUGUUGAGACGCCCUUCACGUGAAGACAGAUCAGUUGAUAAAUAUGACCAACAAGGUUCGAGACAAACAUUCUUACUUCGACCUAAUCCCGCAGCAAAGUUUGUCAGUAGCAACAACUCCAGCCGCUCAUUUAACCCCCACAGGUAAUUUAUAAAUGGUGUAUCUAGUUUGCGUGAAUUGUUCCGAGUACUCAAUCGUGUUAGUACCUGUUGCUAACACUUUGGAUUUCGGUCAUCAUUGUUCAUAUUUCAUGCCAUUACGUAUUUAUGUGGUUCACUCAUUUUGCAGUCGCUAUUGUAUCAUUUUGUUGUAUUACAAUCCCAAUGUCACUUUCAUAUUCAUCAUGCAUAGUACAUAAGUUUUGUCCUCAUUAUGGGUUUUAAUUUUUCUAUGAUGGAGCAUUUCUUAAGCAAUCAUGUCUUUUACUUAUGACAGUGGAGCAGAUUUCCGCCUUGUAGCAGCUACAGUUAUUCUUGUCGGAGUGAUGGAUAUUAACGGUCCAUACAUUGAAUGCAUUUAAAAUUGCUCAAAUGACAUCAUGUUACUUCAAUUCGUAAUGGAGAGGAGCAAAUUGCAUUUCAUAUAUAUUAAAUCGAGAUACCUGGAAUGAUAUGUUCUCAUCCAUAUUCAGGCUUUUUAAUUUUGAAAAUCGAGAAGAUAUUUCGGGCAUUUAAAUUGCUAACUCGACCAUGUUUGCUAAAAUGCGUCCGCCUAAGUGUAGGCCACAUUCGCCAAAAAUGAAGUUUUUUGUCAUGUAAAAUCUUUUGAUUAAAAUGAAUAUCAAGUUUUCUUAAUGAGAUUGUUCCAGCAGAACAUAUGAUCAUGAAAACCUACAUUCUUAUGCUAUCACUCAUAUGAAAUGCUUGUCCUGCAUUAAUCUCAACUAAUCUGCACAGUUGUCCGAAUCGACUUAAGGCAUUUGCAAUAUCAUUUGAAAUUAUUCACUAUCUAAUAACCACCUCGUAUUGCUGGUCCAGUUUAGCUAACAAGUAAUUUCAUAGAUAGUCUCAAUUUUAGUGAAGAAUAAAUAAAAUGUAUCUCAGCAAAAUAAUGUGCACAUGGUGUCCACAAGUACUAAGAUUAUAACUAAUUUUUAAAAUGAUCGACGAAAGUUCUGUAAGAAGCAUUCAGAAUUCAAAAGAUGCACUUAUAACAUCUGGAGAAUAUUUUGAUUGUCCAGUUUCAAUUAUUUCAAUAAAUAAAGUCCUGGAGAAGUUCCUCUUAGUGUUUAAUUGUUGUUUUGUGGAAAUGCAUUCCUUGGUGAAACAAUUUAAAUUAACAACUAUGACUUACUGACAAUACAGAACGUCAGGAUCUUCGUUCUUAGAAGGGCGUUUCUUAUAAAAUUAUCUGAGAAUUUUGUUGUGCCGAAAAUAUGGAGGUAGUUCUUCAAAAAUUAUGUUACAACUGUAUCAUUUUGAAAUGCUGAGCUAUUCAACUGAAGGAUUCACUUCGACAUGACACUGUUUGAAACUCAAAUAGUGCAUGGAAUGUAGAUUUUGAUCAUUGUUUUAAGGUCAGUACUAUCGGGUAUUUCAAAAGUCAAACUGUUUACAAAAUUGUCGGAGAUAGGUAAAGUUGAAUGACUACUCAAGUUCACGGAAAUCCUAUGCGCCAUCAAGUGAUCGACUAUCUAGUCAUUCGUCAAAGUCACUGGUCAAUUCUUCCAGUCGAGUUAAUCCUAUGUUGGCGGCAAGUCUUGCAUCAUCAGGAAAAUUACCAAACCUUCCAAUUCCUCUUGGGUCCAAACGGGGUUCAUCUGCAACGGUUGCGGCCGUAGCCGCAGCUGCGAUGAACGCAGCCGCAAUGGCUGCAGCAUUAGGUGCCGGAGGUGUAAUAUCGAGCAAACAAAUGUCACACAUAACUAAAGCACUGGCAUCUGCUACUCGGACUGGUCGUGAUCACCGUGGUUCAUCAUCACACAGACCUCCGCGGAGUUCCAGUGAUAGGUAUACAGGUGAAGAUUCAAGAAGCAGUCGUCGAAAAACAACUAGUAAGGAGAAAGAUAUGCUUAGCAUUUUCAAUGCUCGUUACGCUCGUCCAGUAGAACAUCGCAAUCCCGAAGAUGAUCCUAAUGCAACAAGAACAUUAUUUCUGGGUAAUUUGCCACCAGAUGUCGAGGAACCUGAACUGAGGAAGCUUUUCGAACGUUAUGGUAUAAUUGAAGAUAUUGAUAUUAAGCGCCGUGAACUAGAAACUGGAGCAACCGCAUUCGCUUUUGUUCGAUAUCUUAGUCUAGACAUGGCACACCGCGCAAAAGUUAAUUUAUCUGGACAAAUGAUAGGUGAAUACAGAUUCAAAAUUGGUUAUGGAAAAGUUAUUCCCACACGAUGCCUAUGGGUUGGUGGAUUGGGUCCAUGGACAAAUUAUCCUGAGUUCGCAACCCUUGUUAAUAGUAUCAGCGCGCCUGAAAAAAUCAUCUGGCCGUCUGGUAAAAACUAUGCCCAUAUUCUUUAUAGUGAUAGCGAGUCGGCUGCUGUUGCAGCUGAUCUUUUACGUGGAUAUCCGUUAGGAAAAAGUCAUAAACGGAUCCGAGUGGAUUUCACUGAUGAGUCACAUAUGUUCAGAGAUCCUAAUUGGAAACGGUUGAAAAGAAAUUCGUCCACAGAAUCAAGUCCCAGACAUUACUCAUCCAGAAGAUCACUGACACCUCGAAUAAAACGUGAAGAUUCUUUUUCAGACAAUGCCUACUCUCGUGAUAAUCAUUACUCGAAAUACAAACGCGACCGAAAGACGUAUGUUGAUAGUGACCGAAGUCAUUCUGCUUCGUCAAAUCAUAGGCGAGAAUCUGGCCAUAGAUCUAGAAAAGCUACACAUGAAAGGGCGCCUAAACGUAGUCUAAGAGACCACUCAUUAAGUCCUGAUGCUGACUCGACGCGUUUUGUUUCACGUUCUCCUUCAUCAUCAAAAUCUCGCAGAUAUUCAUCUUCUUCCUCGAGAUCACCCACAUUAGAAACAUCCACAAACGUAGAACAGUUGGCAUCUUGUCUUCCUUCGGCAUGGGAUGGAGCAUUUUAUCUAAAGUCGAGUAGUUUUCAGUGCAGAAUGCACAUUUUGAGAGGUGACAAAAACCUUGUUGAUCAGUUCAUGUACCAGCGAUCUAAUUCAGAAGCAUCUGCGCAUUCAAACGAAACUCGGCAUGCAGGUAAAAAGUCGAACAAAGAUAAACAUACGUCACUGGAUGACAUUGAUUCCAGUGAAUCUCAGGAUGAUGCACAUGGUAGCGCUAAAAGUAGUUGUACAAACAAAGACCAGGUGGUUUGUUUACGCAUUACUCAACGAAUGAGACUGGAUCCAGUAAAGUUAGAUGACGUGAAUCAGCGCAUUCAGACAGCCGGUUCCUCUGGGUUUUGCAUUCUUUUGGCUGUACCUCCACAUUCGGUUUUAUGCAGUGAAGUUGGAGAUGGCGAUAAGCAACCGCAAAGACCGCUUCGAAACCUAAUCGGAUAUUUACGUGCAAAAGACUCCGCAGGAGUGGUUCUUCUAAAUCCUGGUGGCCAAAACUCAAACGAUUCUUCAUCCCCUCUAACUGCAGAAACUACAUCUGGGGUGCUGUAUGCAUUUCCACCCUGUGACUUUGCUUUGAAUCUCUUGCGUGAAAGUGCUCCGCAACUAGAGAAAGAUUAUGGUAAAGAUGAUUACUUAGCGAUAAUACUAAUUCGUGGGGCCGGAGUUGUGUAGACAAUGCCCCCAAAAUCAAGCUUCAAAAUGAACUGCUUUUGUUGGCAACAAUGUUUGUCGCUAAUGCGCCACUACUUUUUUCUGCGCGAAAAAACUAAGUUUUGUUUACUAGCGUUAAGCUUCAUUAUAUUAUACCUCCUAAAAGGGCAUUUAUAAAAAAGACGUUUGUUUCUGUACUUGUUGUAUUUCAGAAGAAUCAGUGGGGUUAAUAUACAUAAUAUUCUU